CGCGUAAAAGCUACUGGGCACCGCUGACAGCGCAGAGACGCACAUUGGACACUGUACACCUCAGCCACACGAUUCCUCUGAACGGGCCACACGGAGGUGCAUGGCCCCAUCCCCUUGUAUCAGGAUGAAUCCUGUGCAGGGGUCGCCGUCCCAAGACGCCAAACAGCUUCAUCAAAAGGAAGAGACGGAUACGGAAGGCGAGGAGCUUCAGCCCAAAGACAUGACAACUGAGAAAGGAUACAAACUCCAGCGGAGCAGCCUCCCGUUUAGCGUCGAGUCGCUGAUUUCCAAGAAGACCACCUGUCGGACUUCUUACUCUCCCGCAGAUUUAACUGUGGUGCUGCCGAAGCCCGUGGCCGGGCAGGGCGCACAGUUCUCUCCAAGGACUUUUUACGCGGAGAGGAAGGCUUCCGCGGAGAGCUCGCAGGGUGUUUCCAGUAACUCCAGUGAGGACAGUCCGCAGUUUUGUGAGAAAGAUCAGAGCACUUGGUUCCAGACGUCCUCCUUUUCUACACCUCCUCGGAGCUCAAGUCCAACUCAGUGUACUUUAAGGAAACACAAAAACAACAGAAAACCUCGCACGCCCUUCACUACCUCCCAGCUGCUGGCGCUGGAACGCAAGUUUCGCCAGAAGCAGUACCUCUCCAUCGCCGAGAGAGCCGAGUUCUCCAACUCGCUCAACCUGACGGAGACUCAGGUCAAAAUAUGGUUUCAAAACAGGAGGGCCAAAGCCAAGAGACUGCAGGAGGCCGAGCUGGAAAAGUUUAAACUGGCCUCCAAACCCGUCCUGCCCGCCUUCGCGCUGCCUUUCCCCCUCGGAGCGCACAUGGGCUCCCCAACGUGGGGCCAGUCGAACGCGUUCCCGAGGCCCGGUCUGCCGGUCCCAGGACUGUUCAGUGGACCCGUCACUUAUGGGAUGUACUAUUUGUCUUAGUAUUCCUGUACGUGCAUGUGCGUGUGUGUGUGAGAGAGACUCAGACCAUGGUUGCAAUACACUUAUGAAUGAGGAUGGCGCGUCUUGUGGCCCAUAUCUCGGAAAAAUAAACAUCUUUAUUUUCACUUUGGAAUUCUUGAUUUUUCUCAAAACUCCAAUGUGAAGAUAAAAUUUCCUCUGAACUCUGAACUCCGAAACUGAAGUAAUUUAAACACGUGCCUUCACAUUAUACUGUAUAAAUGUGUGCGUAAUCCAAGUCCGCUCACUUGCUCUCCUCAUUUCUGUCCAAUUCUGUGGAUUGUGGAUUCACAGGCAUAAAUUACUUCUCCAGAAGUAAAUAUCAGGUUUUAAAUGGCAUGCCUUAAACUCUCCAUUCUGGUCCAUUCACAGUCCACACACACUGGACAUUUAAAAGUGUCCGGGCAUGAAGGCAAUAAUCCACUGAAGCGGAGGAAGGAUCCUUAAAAGCAACAGAAAAGUACUUAAUCGGUGCCUUAAGACCACGCAGUGUCUUUAUUAUCACUUGAAGUAUUUCUCUUCAUCCGGCUUUGACUGUUUUCUGUAAUUCUCGGGUAAAAAAAAAAAAUGCAGUUUCCCUGCGUUAUUAAUGUUUCCUCACAGCAGUUCGAUUUCUAUAUUUUGUAAAAAGGGGACAAAAUUAUAUUUUAGAAUAAUACAUGUAUUAGCGUUUUUUUGUUUUAUUUUUUACUCUCACAACGUGGCCUUUAAGGGAGUGGUAUUAGAUAUUUUUGAGGAAUUUUGCUGUAAAUGUAAAUAAAAUGUUUAGUGUUCACAAAAGCCUGCAGCCUCUGAAGAGCAGGAAAAGUGGUAUUUAUUGAAUAUCUUUGUAUCUGUACUGUGUACAUACAUCAAUCUAUCUAAAUGUUCAGUUACUUGUAAAAACUGAUUUUAGUAAAUAAACAUUAUACAAGACCUGAAA